AUGGCAGCCUCACCCUUGGCGUCCGAAGGUAGUCUGCAGAUCAACACUGAACGGAACGGCGAUGGAUUCCAGUACUACGACCAGGUGUGCGCCUUGUCACAGGACGUGAUCAAUAAAAACUUCGAAAAGCUUUUCGCGCGCAGGAAUGACCUAGCGAAGGUUGACUGGGAAGGUCCAAAUGCAGCCAUCGGUCACAUUAAGGGUAUACUCCUAGCCCCCCAGGUUGUCCUUUCGCUGGAGUCAGCUACAGACCCUGAGAUUCUCUACAUGCUCCGGUUUGGCAAGGAUAGCAAGAUUUACUUCAGUUCUAAUUCCAACAUCGACAUCAGCGGCUGGAACAUCGCUCUAACAGCUAAAAUGAAGAUGAUGACUGCCUCUGUGGACCCAACGCUUUCCAAGGCGGAUCAGACCCGAGCAAGAGACGCCAUGGACGAGCUUGAAGAAGUUGUCGAGUUUGAUUUCGAGCGACCGACAAAAUUGGUCCCGGGAGAAUACUCCAUUCACCGAAUCUAUGCUGCUAUCCCUCUGGACAAGGAAUCAGUCAGCUAUGCCCCCAAGGACCUGUACCUUCAGAAUUACCCUUAUGUUUCCCCUGAAAGAAAGAAGGAACUGAAGGCAGAAGGCAGGGCUAUGGCGGGAAAGACCGGAGACGAUUAUAAUUGUUUCUGUUAUAGUGAGAUCGUUGACGGGCGCAAGGCCCCCAUGCCAGACACAAAGACAUUGCUUUAUUCAGGAAAUUUUGCGGCGCCACCAACGAGCGGAAGUGGUGGGUAUGGAGGCACAUUUAUUCUUGAUCGUCGGUUCUUCCUUGAACGACACCUGCUUCCCCAACUAGAAGGCAUCAACGCCGCCUCACAAAUUAUACCACUACGACCGCUCAUGGAGGUUGAUGAAUACCGUGAUGCCGUAUUCAAGACCAGGAUCUGUUCGGGAACAAACCCCGAGGACGCUGAAGAUCGAGCCGACCUCCCGCCUCUAGUCUCUAAAGAACCAAGCUUCAAGUUCACCUACACCGGUUCACAGACCUAUGAAUGGAAAACGCUCCGCUGGGCUCCCGGGAGUGGUGAAUCAGGAGAGCCGGAUCAGAACUUCGUCAUGAAUUACGAGGGAAGCAAACAAUAUCCAUUCUUCCGCAGAUAUAAGACAAAGUCCACCACGUCCACGAAAGUUUCUUGGGUGCCUGGUACCGACCAAUUCAAGGUCGAGGGAAGAUGCGAGUAUGACCACUGGGAGGCAUGGAGUCAAAACAGGAGUGACUUUCCAUACGGCACUGGUCAGGACAUUGAUGGCGGUGGUAAAUACUACUGGGGCACAUUUACGGAUGUGGCAACCUGGAGCUUCAUCAUUGACCUCGACGUCUCUGAUGCAUCCAAAGUCGACCCGAGCGUUCCCAACGGUGUAAUCGAGCCCACAAUCCUCAAGUGCAAAAUUGAGCGAGAUCCCAUUACCAAGGAGGAACUUCUCCUUCCUGAAGAUUUCAAAGUAGAAGUCGGCGACAUGAAAUGGGUUUUGGAUAGUACGCACCUCAACAUCGUUCAAGCCAUGAAAUAUAGCAUCGGUAUAGGCCUCGGAAGAGCAGCCCGAAAUCUCGAGACUGGUUUUGUGGGCAUCGGGAAGUUCAUGUACCCUGGCGCUGGGGAGCUGGCUUUCGGCAAGCCUUGCAUUACUGAACAUGGUCACAUCGUUGCCGCGAUAGACUAUAUCGAACCCAAAGAAGAUCGCGUUCGUAUAGUGGUUCCUAGGCCGGAACAACUCGUGAGCACAAAGCCAGACAAAAGUGUUACAUAUUCUUCGGACCCUUCAGCAUCAAUGCUUAAAUUACGCCUUUCCUGGACCCUGAAAGAGACCAAUUUCAGCACAUAUACGCCCCCGAAGCCUCGGUUCAGGCUUGUGCUCCAAGCAACCAACCGGACCAACUCUGACUUAUGCUUCGUUGCGAUCAGGGUAAUUGUCCACCGGAUGAAGAACAUGGAAGAUCAAAGACUUUACAUCGCCCCUUGGUCAGAUUGGAAGCAGAAUCUAGCACCCAUCCAACAGGAGCCCAUACUGCCGCCGACUACCAUUUCUGAUCCUUCUGACACGAAAGUAUCUGGAACGACUGGACCUGCCACAAAGGAUCCUGUGACGGAGGAACCUGUCACGACGGAAUCUGGCACUGAUCCAUCUAUUACGGAUUCAUCUUCUGGUGGUAAGGCACCUAUGAAAGACUCUCCUAGCACGCAGUCUACCGAACAAACUCCAGAUCAGGAUGGGCCGACUACAAUUGGGAUCCCAGCAAGUACUCACUCUACUACGGAACCUUCAGAUGUUUCCUUCGCAGACCUACAAUCUCAAGGAAAUACGGUAAACAUCACCACAAAAGAAGCAGAACCCGCUGGGAAAGUCAGUGCAUCACCUACUGCAAUUGACAAGGCGAACACCGGCGGCUCCGCCUCUACUGCGCAGCCAUCAGUACUGCCUCCACCACCGCCCAAACCGGUCAAGAAACCUACUGAGACCUGGGAUUUACAAACAGAGGACAUCGAGGACGACACUCAACUCGAAGUGAGACCUGAAUUGGUAGAAGAUGAGUUUCACUUCAAUAUCCUGCCGGUGGCGGUAGAAACGGGACCCAACGGCAAUCCGCUUCCGGACAGGUUUACGUUGACCUCAGAGGACGCGUCUAACUUCACGCUUGAGCUCAACGGAACCACUUGGCUAGACGCGAACGGAACUGGAAACUAUGUCAUACAGAUCAAAGAGAUAUGGGAAAAACGGGGAAAACUAUCGGCUGGAUCGGGCAACGAGUACCUCUUAGUCAGCUUCACUGGUGGAACACAGGUUAAGACGAAGUGGAUCAGCCAGGAGGAAGCUGACAAAUGCCGUGGUGUUGAGAUUACGUCUGUCGAAGCCAAGAAAUGA